UUGUGAUUGUGGCUGUUCCUGUCCGUCCCCCUUCCCCGGGAUUAUGACGGCUGCUUCCUGCCGGCGGCUCUGAGAGGCGGCUUCGGUCGUGGUGGAGCCGAGGAAGUAGCCCUCGUCCUUCCUCGCGGCUCUCGGGCAGAGUCGGCCCGGCCAUGGCGGACUUCGAUGAGAUCUACGAAGAAGAAGAGGACGAGGAGCGGGCCUUGGAGGAGCAGCUGCUGAAGCACUCGCCGGACCCGGUGGUGGUGCGCGGCUCGGGCCAUGUCACCGUUUUUGGGCUGAGCAACAAAUUUGAAGCAGAAUUUCCUUCGUCGUUAACAGGAAAAGUUGCACCAGAGGAAUUUAAAGCCAGCAUCAGCAGAGUGAACGGCUGUCUUAAGAAGAAUCUUCCAGUGAAUGUCCGAUGGCUCCUCUGUGGCUGCCUGUGCUGCUGCUGCACUUUAGGUUGUAGUUUGUGGCCGGUGAUUUGCCUCAGUAAAAGAACACGAAGAUCGAUUGAGAAGUUAUUAGAAUGGGAAAACAAUAGGUUAUACCACAAGCUGUGCUUGCAUUGGAGGCUAAGCAAAAGGAAAUGUGAAUCGAAUAACAUGAUGGAAUAUGUCAUCCUUAUAGAAUUUUUACCAAAGACACCAAUUUUCCGACCAGAUUAGCAUUUGCUUUACAUAGAGACUUUCCCAAGUAUGUUGUCCAAUGGUGCCUUGCUUGGUGCUCUGCUGGUGGUGAUACAACGUUGGUUCUACGGAAUCUUGUGGUGUUUUUCAUUCUUUGGUUGUUGUUUUUUUUUAUAACGGCAUGUUCUAAGUGCAUUUUUGUCAAACAUUGCAGAAAUCAUUUCAUGCAAUGUCCUAGAUAUUUAAGUUAUUAUCUGUCCCUCUUCUGUUGUCCAUGUAUCUUGACUUUCAGUCUUUGUAUAUACAUAUAUGUGUGUAUGUGUCUGUGUGUGUGUACACACACACACAUAUAUAGCUAUAAAUACACAACCAAAAAUAGCUAUAAUAAGUGAGAAGGUAUUUUAACCCCAAGAUACACAUCUGUAUGUUGUGAGACUUAGCAAUCACUCUAACCUAUGCACCUACAUCAAGUCUUUGAUAUUUCCAUAUUUUGCCAAUGACAUAUCUUGACAUAUCAGUUUUCCCUCCUCCGUUUUGGAACAUCAAGCAACAACCACCUGUGAGGUGAUCAGUGGCCGCACCGGUUGAUAUCUAAACAUCGGUUCUCCAUUCCAUGAAGAAAAACAUGUCUGCUUCGAAGAUAUUCCUCCCCAGGAAACUUGAAAUUGGAUCUAUAUUGUUCCACUAGAAGGAUGAGUGAUGGAUUUCUGUGCGUCCAACGGUUUAAUACUGCUCAGGAUCAUUUUUUUUUAAAGAAACUAGUGGUAUUUCAUAGCAGGUGGUGCAGAUGUCAUGCUGAGUGAUCAGUCUCUUAAGUUUUGCUAAGAGAUCAGGAGGGAACUGGGCUGGAGCAUGUCUUCCCCUAACCUUUUAAGCACAGGCUUAAAAGAAAUAGACCAAGGCUCUGUCUGCAGUAGCUGGGAGGGAGAACGCGUAUAUAUUGGGACUCAGGUUGCCAACACAAAGUUGGCAGCUGGCCAGAGACUCACUGUUGGGUGGGAGGGAGGGAGGGCUCAUCAGCAAUAUGAUGAUGUCAUCAGCAACACUUUGGAUUUCGGCCAAAAUUUGGUUGCUUUAACCAUUGAGUUUGGCUGAAUGCUGGGGUGUCACUGGUGCCACGCAGAUGUAAUAUCCAGUUGUGCUGGAAGUGACAUCAGUGCGUCAGGAUGCUGAUGGUCACCCCCGCCACCCAGCUGAGCAGCCGUGGGAAAGGACCUGCAGGUACAUGACAACCGUAAUUGUGGCUAAUGCCAUUGUUUUUAUUGUUUACCACAGUUAACAGUACACAAGAAUGCCAGCUUGUUAGAAAUAUAUUUGUUAAAAGAUUUACUUUGGAAUUAGUUUUUUUAAAAAAAAAUGUUUAGUGUUCGACCCCAAUCUGUUGAAAGUCAGAGGCUCUCAAUUCCUAGUGAAAGCAAUGCGGUAAUUUCAGUGGGACUGAAAAGUGUAAUGAACUUUCUGGGUUUUUUUAUUUUUAAACUUUCCCUUGGGUUGGGACCUUUAUAUGUAAAGCAUUGGGAACGUUGUGCCAGAAGUUGUGUCUUGAGUUUUACAUCUGUCUGCCAGAUGUAUAAAUCAAAAAUGGGUUAUUUGGCUAAUUGCUUACAGAAUGUAUUGGGUAAAUAUUACAUCCUGACUUCUUUCUUUAAGUUUACAAGUUAGCUUUUUAUUUUUGCACAAAAUAUUUAAAAAUAUGGGUAUGUGAUAGUAUGCUUUGGUCUGGCCAGUUUUUAGCUUCUGUCCAUCUUUCUUGGCUCUGCGUAUCUUCAUGUAUUAUGUUUAAUGCCUACAUAAAACUGUUAUUUCUCAAAAUGUGUUCCUUUUGAGUUUAACAUACCUGAGCUAUCACAUAAUGUUAAGGGCCUAUUCAUUACGUAGCAGAGCAAUAAUGUGAAUAGUCAACAAACGCAUCCUGCUUAAUAUUUGUAUUAACAAGUUUACCCCUCUGCAAGAAUACCAUUUUUAUUUUUUAUCGUUGAAAUACAAGUUUCACAUUAUUGUCAUUAAUCAAACAUGUUGAUUGCGUAUUUGUUCAGUGUUUGCCAUUUGUUAGCAGAUCUUCAUUAACAGAUUGCAUAUCCUUUGUGGCUGUGGUGGCAAGAAUGUUCUAGAAGCGUAUUUUGAGUCAACUUUUGUCUAGGCUCUCCUUGCAUGUCUCAAAAUACAGUUCUUCCACUACUUUG